AUGACGCCGCUUUGGCAAUCUCUUCCAGUCAGGUGGUCGUCUUUGAGAAAGUUUGCCUCGCGUUCAAAUGGGUCGGCUGACUUGGACCUCGAACUAGCCAGGUCGUGGCUGAAAGACCUGCACCCCAAUACCAUUCCCCGCCAUAUCGCCCACCUGUCUUUCAGCCGUUCUAGCGGUCCCGGAGGUCAGAAUGUGAACAAGGUCAAUUCAAAGGCCACCCUCAAAAUCCCAUUGGUGGCCUUGCUUCCAUUGGUACCAAGUUUGUUACACCCCCAGCUACGCGGUUCCCGCUAUGCGACCGACCGGUCCCAGGCCCUGGUGAUACAAUCCGACGAAUCCCGACAGCAAUCGAGUAACGUGGAGGCCUGCUUUAACAAGCUCCACCAGCUACUGAUGAGCUCAGCAAAACAGGUCAUCCCCGGAGAGACCUCCCAGGAACAAUCGGUCCGGGUACACAAGCUACAGCGUGCACAAAAUGAGGCGCGGCUCAAAACCAAGAAGUUUCUCAGCAACAAAAAGAGCAAUCGACGGGGGAGUAAAUACGAUGAUUAA